ACCUCACUCAUUCACACAACAGCCCACCUCAAACCCUUAUUCAUCUUCCACGCCUCUAUCACUUGAUAAACCCUAAUUCCAUUAUCUGCGAUUUUAAUUCAAAUUCGUUGAAACCAUGUCUGAUGAGGAUAUGGAGGAGAAGGAGUUGGAUCUCACCUCUCCUGAAGUAGUCACCAAAUACAAAUCCGCUGCCGAAAUUGUUAACAAGGCACUUCAGUUAGUAUUGUCUGAAUGUAAACCGAAGGCCAAGAUUGUUGACCUUUGUGAGAAAGGAGAUGUUUACAUCAGAGAACAUUCUGGGAAUAUGUACAAGAAUGUGAAGAAAAAGAUAGAAAGGGGUGUUGCAUUCCCAACUUGCAUAUCAGUUAACAAUACAGUCUGCCAUUUCUCCCCAUUGGCCAGUGAUGAGACCGUUUUGGAAGAUGGAGAUAUUUUGAAAAUUGAUAUGGGCUGUCAUAUAGAUGGCUUCAUUGCUGUAGUUGCCCAUACCCAUGUACUUCAGCAAGGACCAGUCACAGGCAGAGCAGCUGAUGUUAUUGCUGCUGCAAAUACUGCCGCUGAGGUUGCCUUGAGGCUUGUGAGGCCAGGGAAAAAGAACAAGGAUGUCACUGAGGCAAUUCAGAAAGUUGCUGCUGCUUAUGACUGCAAGAUUGUUGAAGGGGUUCUAAGUCAUCAAAUGAAACAAUUUGUGAUUGAUGGAAACAAGGUUGUAUUAAGUGUGUCGGGCACUGAUACAAGAGUUGAUGAAUCAGAAUUUGAGGAAAAUGAGGUGUAUUCCAUUGAUAUUGUUACAAGUACUGGUGAAGGCAAGCCAAAAUUAUUGGAUGAGAAACAGACGACAAUCUAUAAAAGAGCAGUUGACAAGAAUUAUCACCUAAAGAUGAAAGCAUCCCGAUUCAUAUUCAGCGAGAUAAGUCAGAAGUUCCCAAUCAUGCCAUUUUCUGCAAGGGCUUUGGAAGAGAAGCGUGCUCGUUUGGGUCUAGUAGAAUGCGUAAAUCAUGAUCUUUUACAGCCAUAUCCUGUACUUCAUGAGAAGCCUGGGGACCUAGUUGCUCAUAUCAAGUUUACUGUAUUGCUAAUGCCAAAUGGGUCGGAUCGAGUCACAACUCAUCCUCUACAAGAGCUACAACCCACAAAAACAGUUGAUGAUCCGGAGAUUAAAGCCUGGUUAGCAUUAGGUACUAAAACGAAGAAGAAAGGUGGUGGGAAGAAAAAGAAAGGUAAGAAAGUGGAAAAAUCCGAGGAAGCAGCUGAUGCUGAGCCUAUGGACACUGGUGCAGCUUCUCAAGAAUGAUGAAAAAUCAGUUUUUAUUUGUAUUUCAACCAUGAAAUUUUGGCCGAUACCUUGUAUUGGGUUUUGCUGUGAGUCGUGAAAUGUGAAUUCUUAAAAAUACUAUCAGAUGCGUCUUGUAAUAUUGUACACAGCUUUGUUGACUUGUGUAUUUAUUUAGUUUUAGAUACAAAAAAGAAACUAACAGCUAUCUAAAUGGUUGAUCAUCACAAUUGAAAUU